AUGGCAGCUGGCGAGGAGAUUGAUGCUCAAAUAAGCCGAGAAAACGCUAGAAAAGGAGCUAUGAAAGCUAACAAAAAGAAACCAAAAAGCAACAUGAACACCUACAUCGCCAUCGGAAUCUUUGGAGGAAUAAUGGCAAUCGUUAUCGGUAUCUUGAUUUUCAAUCCAGAAGUCCCACUUCAUCUCACCCCAGCCGUUGACUCUACCUUUAUUGAGUCUCAAAACGCCUUAAAGCUUGGCUACACCCUCAAAGAAAACACAUAUUUCAAGGACUGGAAUCUCAAAGAUGUGACCCAGGCUUCACAAACUUACAUUUCUCAACAAGCCAAAACACUGACUCCUUGCCAGACUUAUCUUAAUGAAGGAGGACUUGUCCCAGACCAUUAUGAUGUCAGAGAAGAAUUCCCUCACUGCAUGUCUGAUAUUUAUGUCCAAGGAAACUGCUCAUCAUCUUAUGCAUUGGCUGUAGCUUCAAGUUUGAGUGAAAGAUUUUGCAUCCAUAGCCAAGGAGCUGUUCUGGUGAACUUAAGUGGACAGGAUUUGGUUUCCUGUGACAAAAAGAAUAACGGUUGCACACAAGGAAAUAUUGAUUCUGUAUGGAAUUAUAUAAGAGACGUUGGACUUGUCGAAAGCAAAGUUUUCCCUUACACUUCAAAAGAUCUUACUGCUCCUGGAUGUCCUGAAAAGCUAGAAGACGCCACUUUUAAGGUCAGUGAAUUUUGUGCAAGUGCUACAGAGGCUGCUUUAAUGAGAGAAAUUAAGAAAAAUGGACCUGUAGUUGGCAUAAUGCAAGUAUUUACAGAUUUCUUAGUCUAUGGGGGUGGGGUUUAUAGGCCACAUAUUGCUGCCACAAAGGUUAAAGGUGCUCAUGCAGUCGAAGUCUUAGGCUGGGGAACUGAUGAAAAUCAGCAGCCUUACUGGAUUAUUAAGAAUAGCUGGGGACCUGAAUGGGGAGAGAAAGGAUAUGCAAAAAUCGCUAGAAAUGUCAAAGAAAUUAGUCUGGAAGAUUUCGUAGUAACUGGAACGCCAUUUAUUUCUACAGAAUCAGCAAAGCCUACUGGUAUUCCUGUUGAAGUAGAAGAUAUUGAAGACCUCAAUGCACAAAAGAAGGAUGAGCCUGAAAUAGUUAAAAUUGAAGAAAAGCCAAAGACUGAAACCAAAGCAUCACAAUAA